UGAACUUGCAAAAAGAUGGAAACGAUGUGUUCUUCUGUCAUUGUCUCAUUAUGCUUUGAUGGCCAUCCUGGCCUGCGCACUUUGCUCCCCUGCGGAGUACAUAUUACAGAGUACAUUCUUGGCAUUUUCCCUUCUUUUUUUAAGCCCUUCUUCCUCUGCCUCUCUAUAAUUUCAAGCUUCCACUUGCUCCGGUCCUCGCCAUUCCUGCAACGUCGCUUACUUUCUCUUUCUCCAGUACAAUGGAUGCAAAAUCUGCUGAAGCUGCCUCUCAGACUUUGAAGUAUCAGACAUGGUUCUUGAAAGUUCCAAUCCACUGCGAAGGCUGCAGGAAGAAAGUCAAGAAAGUUCUGCAGAGAAUUGAUGGUACUAACACGCUAAGCUUAAACGGAAAACUCUUCUCCUCUUUUUGUCUGUUCUGGAUACGCUUCAACAGGGAAUUGACUUGAAAGUUCAACUCUUUCUUCAGUAUUAUACCUCUGCUUCGCUUCUUCCCUGUUUUUCCCCCAUGCAUGACUAGAUUAGUAGAUUUUCAAGCUCCUGACUUCUCCGAGUUAACCAAAAUCCUUAUUCGUAGUUUUCAUUCACAUGCAGUUUCUUUUUAUUAUGGUAACAAUAACAGAGAUUUCACUGAACCCGUUGCGUUUACAGGUGUUUUCACAACAACAAUUGACCAACAGCAACAGAAAGUAAUGGUCACCGGAAGUGUUGGCGUUGACCUCCUGAUCGGGAAGCUGAUCAAGGCGGGUAAACACGCUGAAAUUUGGCCCGAAAGUGUGGCCGGAAAGGGAAAAUCCUCAGGGAAAGCAAAGAAGAAAAACGAACAGAGAGAACCAGAAAACGUGGAAAACCAUUCCACUGAUAAAUCCGAAUUCAACCCCAACUCCGACAAAAGCAAGGGACUUGCAAGUGCAGCCAACUGUGAGAACAACAAAAGCAAAAGCAGCGACUCAAAAAUUGGCGCCAACACAACGGUUACUCCUCCGGCCGGUAACCAGACUCCAGCGGACGGCCAUAAAGGCGGAAGAAGCGGAGACGCUGCCAAGAAAAGUGGCGGAGGGGGCUCUGGCAAAAAGAAGAAAAAGAAAGCCGGUGGUGGUGUUAACAAUGGCCCGAAUUCAGUAUCUGCACCAGCACAUACUGAAUCCCAGACUCUCGGGCAAACGAAUCUCGGCCCGACACAUCAGCAAUCAUACCCGCACCCUGAAAACUACUAUCCUCCCAUGGCUUAUCUCGCGACUUAUAGAUCAUAUCCUAUAAGAAGGAUGGGUGGCCAUUCUUCCUACUAUGUUCCAUCAUCGCCCUACAUGCAAGCAGGCCUAGACCAUGAAAUUUAUCAGCUGCAAUUAGCACCGACGGUUUCCUUUGAGGUUUUCAGCGAUGAAAAUGCCAAUGGAUGCUCCAUUAUGUGAAUUGUGAAGGAUUGGGAGGGGAGAGAAAAUGGCCAGAGAUAGUUUUGGAGUGCUGAUUUUGUAACCUAGGGAAAUAGAAGUCGUGGGACAUUAUUAAGGGUUGAUUUUACACUUUCUUUAGGUUAUUCUGGUUCUGGACCGGUGUACAUGAUCUAGUCUUCCCUAUAACCGGAUCUCUAUCGACGUGUUUUAAUAUGGUAACUUUGACGUUCAUAUGA